GACCAGGACAUAACAACCAGCUUCGAUAGUAUCUGUCGAAUGCGUCGUCCGUUGCCUUCGAAAACGGGCGUUAUUUGCGCAAAUUGAAGAUCCAGUCAAUACCACAUUUAUCCGGUUAGCAAUUAGCAUCUGUCAAGAUGUCAAUAGCCGUGGCGCAAGCACGCCAUGUGUUUGGCUUGAAAGGAGAGGUUGUUGGUAAUAUAUGUUAUCAAGAUGAACAAACAAUUGUGUAUCCUGUGGGAUCGAACAUUGUGCUGUACAAUAUCGAUCAAAAGGCACAGAAAUUCAUUCCUGGUUCCGACAAGAGCUUGGGAACCACCGCAAUGGCUGUGAGCCCCAAUCGCAGGUAUGCUGCUAUCGCUGAGAGGGGUGCCGAAAAGGCCACCAUUACUAUUUACGAUCUUCAUUCUUUGAGGAAAAGGAAGGUAUUGAGCUCUAGUGAAGUCCAAUCAACCGAAUAUGUAAGCUUGGCAUUCAGUCCUGAUUCAAAAUACUUGAUAGCGCAAGGUGGAAAGCCUGAUUGGACGUUGCUAUAUUGGACGUGGGAGAAAUCUAAAGUAAUGGCAGUAACAAAAACCACCAAUCCACAAAAUAAUGAUGUUUACCAGGUCACCUUCAACCCACAAGACAACACUCAACUCUGUGUCGUCGGUAAUGGAAUAUUCAAGCUAUUCCGCUACAGUGAAGGCAACCUCAAACAGUUUGCAUUCCAAAAGAUGGAGCCACAAAAUUUUCUAUCUCACGCCUGGGUUUCUGAUGAGAGAGUUAUUGCUGGCACUGAUACUGGUCGUCUCCUUCUCUUUGAGACUGGAGAGUUGAAGAAUGAAUUCUCUAUCCAGUUUUCUGGUCAUCGAUCUGAUGAUAAAGAAAGGAUGGGCAGUAUAUCUGAGGAAGAUGCACAGCAGCCAUUAGGACCACCCAAGAUCACGUCUGUGGUUGCAUACUCUAAAGGGUUUGCAUGUUCAGGUGGCAGUGGUACUGUUCAUAUAUAUGAGAAAACUGAUGAUAAAGAUUCAUACAAGAAAACAAGAGAAAUCAGGGUUCCACAAGAUCUUUCAGCCAGUGCUGAUCCAUCGAAGUUCGAAAACCAUGAAAUCAACUGGUUGACUGUCAGCCCUUCAGAAGAGACUCUAGUCUCCAGCACCAAAACAAACCAAUUGUAUUGCAUGGCAUUGUCUAGUGCUGACAUUGGCAAGGGUGAACAAGCCACUUUUGAGGUAUUAGCUCAACCAUUCCAUUUUGGUGCUGUGCAAGGCCUGGAUGUGUGUAUCCGAAAACCACUUAUUGCUACCUCCUCCGUUGACAGAUCUGUUCGUGUCUGGAAUUAUGAAACAAACUCUUUAGAGUUAUACAAGGAGUUCCAGGAGGAGGCUUACAGCAUUGCUCUACAUCCGUCUGGUCUUUACAUCUUGGUUGGUUUCAGUGACAAACUCAGACUGAUGAAUUUGCUGAUUGACGACAUACGUACAUUCAAGGAAUUCACCAUUAGGGGAUGUCGUGAGUGUUCUUUCAGUAAUGGUGGUCACAUGUUUGCUGCUGUCCAUGGAAAUGUAAUCCAGAUCUACUCUUCCACCACCUUUGAGAACAUUAACAACUUGAAAGGCCACAACGGCAAGGUACGAUCUGUUGUCUGGAGUGCUGACGACAGCAAGAUCGUAUCCUGCGGUAUGGAUGGCGCUGUUUAUGAAUGGAAUGCUUAUACUGGAAAACGUGAAGGAGAAAGUGUCUUGAAGUCGUGCAGCUACACCAGUGUGGCCAUUACACCUGAUGGCAAGACUACGUUUGCCGUCGGCUCAGACUGUACACUGAAAGAGAUCUCAGACUCUCAGAUUCUUCGUGAUGUAGAAUCGGGUGGUAUGACCUUGAUGCAAGUGUCAAUGUCCCACAGUGGCAGGAUGUUAUUUGCUGGAACCAACACUGGUGCCUUGAGAUCUAUGAAAUUUCCUCUUACCGUCCCUGGUGAAUGGACGGAAUACAUGGGUCAUGGUUCAACAAUUACUAAGAUGCGUAUUACGUAUGACGACCAGUACUUGGUGACAGUGUCUGAUGAUGCUGUCUUGAUGAUCUGGAAAAUCACUGAUAAGGAGGGACGUGGUCUAAAACGAGACAAAGAAAUUGGUUAUGCCGAAGAAAUUCUUAUUACGAAGUCUGACUUGGAGGAAAAGAACUCAAUGAUGUCCGAGUUGAAAACUCGUGUGGAUGAACUGAAGAUGGAGAAUGAAUACCAGCUAAGACUCAAAGACAUGAACUACAAUGAAAAGAUCAAAGAACUGACGGAAAAGUUCAUCCAAGAGAUGGAGUCUUUGAAAACCAAGAACCAGGUGUUGAAAACUGACAAGGACAAGGAGGAAGCCAAGCAUGAGGAGGAGAUUGCGGAACUCAUGGAAAAGAAUUCAAAGGAACUGCAAGAUCUUGAGAGUGCCAACAACCAGAAAUUAAUGCUGGAAUACGAGAAGUACCAGGAACUGCAAGCCAAGAGUCAGAAAAUGCAGGAGGACUACGAAAGACAACUUCAGGAAAUGGAAGAGUCAAAAGAAGCAGCUCUGGAAGAACUGACAGAAUAUUAUGAAGCCAAGUUACAAGAAAAAACAAUACUUCUAGACCAGGCCAAUGAUGAGUCACGUCAACAACAACGUGAAUAUGAAGAGACAAAGAAGCAAAUAGAAGAAGAUGCAGACAGGGAAAUCUUGGAUAUCAAGAACAAAUUUGAAAGGAGAUUGAGAGAUGAAAAAGAAGCCAACUUGAGAUUGAAAGGGGAGACUGGUAUUAUGAAAAAGAAGUUUACCAGUCUUCAGAAAGAGAUUGAAGAUCAUAAAGAGGAGAUCAAGAAACUGAAUAAUGAGCAGCAGAAACUGCAAGGUGUGAUCAAAUCCUUGGAGAAGGACAUCUAUGGUCUGAAGAAAGAGAUACAGGAGAGAGAUGAAACUAUCCAAGACAAGGAGAAACGCAUCUAUGAUCUUAAAAAGAAGAACCAAGAAUUGGAGAAGUUCAAGUUUGUCUUGGACUACAAGAUUAAGGAACUAAAGAAACAGAUUGAACCCCGAGAGAAUGACAUUAAGGCCAUGAAGGAACAGAUACAAGAGAUGGAGAGUGAGUUGGAGAGAUUCCACAAACAGAACACUCAGCUAGAAUUGAACAUUACAGAACUCAGACAGAAACUAAAAGCCACUGAAAAGGAAAUGCACCUAGAGAGACAGAAGGUACGUGAUUCUGAAGCCAUGCUGCGCAGAUUUAAGACUGAUCUUCAUAAUUGUAUUGGUUACAUCCAAGAUCCUAAGAAAUUGAAAGAUAGUAUCAAACAGUUGUACCAGAAACAUGUACAGGAUGAUACACCUGAGUCAGCCAGUGUAGAUGCAGAUAUACAGAGAGAAUAUAGUCGUCAGCGUAAACACUUAGAACAGAGUGUAUCGUCACUUAGAAAGAAACUAGCCAAAGAUACAGAAAUUCAUAGAGCGGACAAUGUCAGAAUUAUGCAGGAAAAUGUAUCGCUUAUCAAAGAAAUUAACGACUUGAGAAGAGAACUGAAAAUUGCCAGAACACAGGUGCAUGAUCUUGAGGCUGCUCUGGGAAUCAGUCGUAAAAACAAAAACCAGCCAUUACCCGAUCAAACAGCUAGCGCUCUUGUAAUGAGCAGUGCGCAAUCAAGCCGUGAUCAAGAAGCCAGUAUGGAGACGGCAAAAAUUAUCGACAUGCAGAAAGGUGAAAUAAAGAAACUGAGAAGGCAGAUGUACGAACUAGAAUUGAUGGCGCAAGAGCGGCCACCAUCAGGAACGCGAUUACCACCAAUGUCCGUCCAGUAAAACUGAACUUUGUAGUAGUGUAUCAUAUAUCAAGUUUGUAAACUUUUACGUGUGUAAAUAUGACUCUCUCAAAUAAAAAGUUACAAAAAACUGGAUAGCAAUGAAAUUUAAUAGCUUGUGUCGUUGUACUGUAAAAUUUGAUGUUUGGGGGCAGAUUCAAUGGAAAUAUUUUGGGGAUUUUAUUUGUAUUCAAAGUGGAUUCCAAUUGUGUGCGUUUUGUAAAGUAUCAAGAAAUGUACAGAGAAUCUCAAAGACGAAACUAACUAUUAAAAUAUUUAAAUAUCCGAUUUUACUAUCCAUAGCAAUGUAGAAAUCAUGGUGAAUUUGAAAAUGUAUAAAUAGUUUAAAAUACACAUUUUGUAAAAAAAACCAUGUGUUUUUUUGUAUGAAAUGUAUGUUUGAUAAAAUAAUAAAAACACCAUUGAAAUGUCAA